AUGGAAGAAGCAGAAGAGGAAGACAUCUCCCAGACGGUCGAUGAACACGAGCCAGCCCCCCAGCCUACCCAGCAGUCUGCCCAGGUCAGCGAUGCCCGACUGUACCUCCCGAACAAGUAUGAUGGGUCUCCAUCCCAAUGCUGUGGCUUCAAACUCCAGUGCUCCCUCUAUUUGGCCCAUCAGAAGGGAGCCCCCACCACCGAGAGGUCCAAGGUUGCCACGAGGGCAGAGAGGGAGGAGAGUGACUACUCCAACUCCGGCAGGGUGUCCAGACCACUGCUGAGUACGCCCUCACCUUCCGGACCGAGCCUAAACCCAUGGAGGUAUGGGCCACACACCUCUCAGUGGAAGAGCGACGUCGCCGGAGACAGCAGGGGCUAUGUUCCUAUUGCGGCCAGGAUCGGCACCAGCUUCAGCGGGCAUUGGAUAAUCGACCAUAUGGAUCCGGCACAAUCACGCACAUCACAGCACCACUCACCCUCACGUGUGACUUCUGCACCAAGAAAGCCUUUCCUCAUCAUCAACGCACCCGUACACAGAGGCCUCAAUUUCAUCACCACCAAGUACUGCUACCCUCUCCCGUUGCUGCCGGCCGCCAUUGAACAGCUCCGCGGGGCUCAUUUUUGUACUAAACUGGACCUGUGGAGUGUCUACAAGCUGAUCCACAUCCGGGAGGAGGAUGAAUGGAAAAUGGCCUUCAGCACGAUGUCUGGGCACUACGAGUACUUGGUGAUGCCUUAUGGAUUAGCCAAUGCUCCGUCGGUGUUCCAGGCAUUCGUAAACGAGGUGUUCCGGGACAUGCUCGGGCGCCAGGUGGUCGUGUAUGUCGACGACAUCCUGGUCUUCUCGGCCACCUUAGAGGAUCACAUCACCCACGUCCGAGUAGUCCUGGGAUGCCUCCUGGGGAACCCCCUGUAUGUCAAAGCAGAGAAGUGCCAUCAGGUUGCUGUUUCCUUCUUGGGAUACCGGAUCAGCCCGCAGGGAGUGGUGAUGGAUGAGAGGAAGGUCGAGGCAUUGGUGUGGAGUCCUGCAGCAGAUGAGGCCUUCCGCAUACUGAAGGGGCGUUUCACCUCCGCCCCGUUGCUGAAACACCCAGAUCCUACGCUGCCCUUUGUGGUGGAGGUGGACUCCUCAGAAGUGGGUGUGGGGGCCGUCCUGUCCCAACGCCAAGGUUCAAAGAACAUCAAAGCCGAUGCCCUGUCCCACCUCCACGAUUCGGGAGAGGUUCCUGUCCUGAGUGCGCCCAUCAUUCCUCCCUCCCGAAUCGUUGCCCCCAUGCUUUGGGACGUAGACAUGGACAUCCGCCAGGCUCUGGAGAGGGAACCCACACCUGCUACCUGCCCUCCGGCGCGCACCUACGUCCCCACGGAGGUAAUGGAUCGGCUGUUGACCUGGGCGCACACAUCCCUUGCCGCUGGACACCCAGAUAUCACCCGCACCAUUCAAUCCAUCUCCGCAAAGUACUGGUGGCACACCUUUGUGCAGGACGUUGCGCGCUACGUCAACUCCUGCUCCUUAUAUGUGAAUGAGUAUGAGGAAACCAACAGUGGCUGUGAGGCUUUGUGCUGCAAACCCAUCGGCAGCUUCUACUGCAAGUGUCCCCAUGGCCAGGAGCUCAGAGAGGAUGGCAAGAUCUGCCAAGAUGUUGAUGAGUGUCAGGUCUACAAUGGGGGCUGCCAGCACCGAUGCGUCAACACCAGGGGCUCGUACUACUGCGAAUGCAACCUGGGCACCCGUCUGCAUACAGAUGGCCGAACUUGCAUCGCCGUCCGCUCCUGUGCCGUCAGCAAUGGAAGCUGUGAGCAGGACUGCGUGCAGCUGUCCCCUGCUCACUACCAGUGUCGCUGCAGACCCAACUAUCAGCUUGCAGAGGACGGCAAACACUGCAAGUUAAGAAGCCCCUGUGCAGACAGAAAUGGGGGCUGUAUGCACACCUGCAAGAAUGACGGAUGGAGAGCUCAGUGCAACUGUCUUCCUGGAUACACACUGGCACAGGAUGGCAAAAACUGUGAAGACAUCGAUGAGUGUGAGACAGGCCAAGCUGCUUGUGCCCAUGGUUGCCAUAACACCCAGGGCUCCUUCACCUGUGUCUGUAACCCAGCAUACGAGCUGGGUGCCGACGGCAGGAAAUGCUAUCGAAUCGAGAUGGAGAUUGUGAAUGGUUGUGAGACUGCCAACGGAGGCUGUUCCCAAAAGUGCCAACAGUCCACCCUCGGACCUGUCUGCAGCUGUCACCAUGGUUACCACCUGGACGACGACCUCAGGACAUGUGUGGACUUGGACGAGUGUGAGGCGGGAAGCUCAUGCUGCGAGCAGGACUGUACCAACUAUCCCGGGGGUUACGAAUGCUACUGCGGGGCUGGCUACCGUCUCAAUUCGGAUGGGUGUGGCUGUGAUGAUGUGGAUGAGUGUCUGGUAGACAAUGGAGGCUGUGACCAUACCUGCCAGAACACAGCCGGCUCCUUCCAGUGCUAUUGUCGCCUAGGACACCGGCUAGACGAGGACCGUCUCUCUUGUAUUCCCCUGGAGGGGGCAGUAGAGGCGUUGGAGUGGAGCAGUCGCAUCGCGGUAGAGCGCCCUCUACCCCAGAUCACCCUGCUGAGGGACUACUUCCAGCAGCUGGAGCGUUAUGACGACUACGAGGAGGACAGCCUGGGAGAGCUGCGGGCCCAGAGCACCCUCACCCAGACCUUUGUGUGUCUUAACAACACGUUUGGCCACGACUGCAGCCUGACGUGUGACGACUGUUCCAACGGUGGUGUGUGUGACAUGGAGGAGGGCCACUGUGACUGUCCUGAUGGGUGGACAGGCGUUGUCUGCAACCAGACUUGUCCAGAGGGCACCUUUGGCAGGAACUGCUCCUUCAGCUGUAAGUGUAAGAAUGGUGCCACCUGUGACCCUGUGAGUGGGCACUGCCGCUGCCCACCUGGCGUCAGCGGGGACAUGUGCCAGGAUGGCUGUCCUAAAGGCUUGUAUGGGAAAUUGUGCAAUAAGAUGUGUAACUGUGCCAAUAACGGGCGCUGCCAUCGCACCUAUGGAGCCUGCCUGUGUGAUCCCGGGCUCUACGGGCGCUUCUGUCAUCUAAUGUGUCCUAAGUGGGCGUAUGGCCCUGGCUGCUCGGAGGAGUGCCAGUGUGUCCAACAGAACACCCUAGAGUGCCACCGCCGCCAUGGCUCCUGUGUCUGCAAACCAGGCUACCAUGGCAAGAACUGCCAGGAGGAGUGUAAUAGAGGAUACUAUGGCCUGGCCUGCAAGAGUACAUGUCAGUGUCCAUCAGGGGUACCCUGUGAUCAUGUAACAGGGGAGUGUCUGCGCCAGUGCCCGCCUGGCUUCCAUGGGGACAACUGUGACCUAGACUGUCCAGAGGGUCGCUACGGGGCUGGAUGUAACCAAUCGUGCCACUGCUCUGGCUCCCCAUGUGACAAUGUGACAGGACAGUGUGACUGUCUUGCCGGUAUGAAGGGACAGCACUGUGAGACUGAGUGUGAGGAGGGUCGUUGGGGUGUGGGCUGCUCAGGCUCCUGUCCCCGCUGUCAGAACAGGGGAGUGUGUGACAAACACAAUGGAGUGUGUUGCUGUCAACCUGGAUACAUGGGCACCCUGUGUCAGAGCGCCUGCCCGGUGGGUAGAUUUGGCCUGGGUUGUCAGCUACGCUGUCUGUGUGAUAACGGUGGCCGCUGCCACCCGGUGACGGGCCACUGUGCCUGUCCUGAAGGAUGGACUGGACCCAGCUGCAGCAGAGCAUGUGAUGCCGGGCGCUGGGGAGCGGACUGUGCCAACAUGUGUGAGUGCCCGGGCAGCGAUGGCAGCUGUGACCUCAUCACGGGACAGUGUCACUGUGAGGCGGGCUACACGGGACCACACUGCCAACAGAAGUGCCCAGAAGGCUCCUUUGGCGUAGGCUGCAGACACAGGUGCCAGUGUGCCAACGAGGCGGCCUGUGAGCAUGUUAGUGGAGCCUGCACCUGCCUCACUGGUUGGACCGGCACCUACUGUGAAAAAUCAUGUCCUGACGGCUUCCAUGGGCUGGAGUGUCAGCAGCAGUGUCAGUGUUCUAAUGGGGGGAGAUGUGACCACCUGACGGGUGCCUGCCACUGUCCAGACGGCUGGGUCGGACCACAAUGCAAUACCAAAUGCCAGACAGGGUGGUUUGGCCGUGGGUGUAAACACACCUGUGAAUGCCGUAAUAAUGCCACCUGUGACCCUGUGAGUGGGCAGUGCCAGUGUACGCCAGGGUGGAUCGGCCCCAGCUGUGAGAAAGAAUGUGUAGACGGCUUCUAUGGACAAGACUGCCACUAUCACUGCCUGUGUCAGAACGGGGGUGUGUGUGAUCAGUUCUCUGGGCGCUGCUCGUGCUCCAAUGGGUGGACCGGGGCAGCCUGCGAACUGCAGUGUGCCCAUGGCUGGUUUGGGGCGGACUGUGCUCUGCCCUGUGAGUGUUUGAAUGGUGGUGUGUGUGACCGUCGCAUUGGAGAGUGCAGCUGUGGCCCGGGCUGGGUAGGACAGCACUGUCAGACAGCGUGUGGGGCUGGCCUGUUUGGCCCAGGGUGUGAGGAGCAGUGUCAAUGUAACCAUGGGGCUGUGUGUGACCAUGUCAGCGGAGUGUGUGUGUGUCCUCCUGGCUGGAGGGGACCCAAGUGUGACCGAGCCUGUUUACCUGGCUCCUAUGGGAAGGACUGUCUGAGCUACUGUAACUGUCCCCACGGCACUUCCUGUAACCAUGUGUCCGGCAAAUGUGGCUGUCCCCCUGGAUUCACUGGCAAUGGCUGUGAGCAAAUAUGCCAACCUGGCACGUAUGGGCUGAACUGUAACCAGGUGUGCCAGUGCUCUGGCACCAACCAGCUGUGUCACCCUGUCACCGGCCUCUGCGUCUGUGCCCCGGGUUACCAUGGCAACAACUGUGAUCAAGAGUGUGACAUGGGACGGUAUGGCCCAAACUGUGAACGCCUGUGCCAGUGUCUGAAUGCCGGCGUGUGCCAGACCACCACGGGCACCUGUCAGUGCCCAUCGGGGUACAUCGGAGCAGACUGCAACACCACAUGCCUGUCAGGGCGCUAUGGGCAGGACUGUGCCAGGGUGGCGCUGUGUGGUGAAGGGGCACAGAGUGACCCAGAGACAGGCAGGUGUGUGUGCAAGGCUGGCCAGCGGGGAGAAGACUGCAGACAGGGUUGUGCCCAGGGCUGGUAUGGGGAAGACUGUGGCCAGCACUGUAACUGCAGUAACGGUGGUGUGUGUGAACUCGUCUCUGGAGGCUGUACCUGCGGACUAGGCUGGACCGGACCCAGCUGUGAUACAGAGUGCCCAUCAGGGAGUUACGGCGCCAACUGCAAACUGCGGUGUGAUUGUCAUAACAACGGAACAUGUGACAGAGUGACGGGAGAGUGCCGGUGUGACCCGGGAUACUAUGGUCACCUGUGUGAACACGCUUGCCCUGCUGGUUUCCAUGGCCACCGCUGUCAACACCAGUGUAAGUGCCGAGGCCUCGCCCCCUGUGACCCAAGCACAGGGCACUGUCUCUGCCCUCCUGGUUACCAUGGAUACCGCUGUGAGAAAGAGUGUGAGCAGCGUCGUUUCGGGGUGAACUGCAACCAGUCAUGUGACUGUGAGGGGGACACCCCAUGUGACCCCAUGACCGGCCACUGUCUGUGCCCCCCAGGGAAGAUGGGAAUGCGCUGUGACACAAAUUGUCCAGUGAACCUCUACGGCCCGGACUGUUCUGAGAGCUGUGAGUGUAGGAACGGGGCGCGGUGUGAUCCACGGAACGGCCGCUGCAACUGUCUACAGGGCUGGAUAGGACCCACCUGUCAGGAAGGAGGGUCCUCACGUCUCCACAGCCGUCCCAACAGAAAUCAAGAAAAUAAUCACUCACACUCUCCUGUUCCAGUAUAGCACCCCCUACUGACUGACCCCCAGCUGGGGUUUACAGGUCACCUCUAGAGGCCACAGCGCUCCAAACUGAACUGACACACUCUCAAAACAAUAGACUGUUUAUACAGAGAUGGGAGUGCAAUGGCUGGGACUUGAUGAACUAAAUACCAGUAGGUGUCACCAGAGAAUUUGUACCGAGACCGUCUAUUGGUGUCAGAGCCGGGACCUAUGAACUGGAGAUGCCAUUUAUGGAGAGUUGUCUAAUCGCAGACAUUGAGACAAUGGAGUUCACAUUACAUCAUAGGAUUGACUCUGCUACACGUCACACUACGGGGUUGACUCUGCUACACUUUACGUGACGGGGUUGACUCUUCUAUACCUUUCGUUACGAGGUUGACCAUCCUACACUUCACGCUAUGGGGUUGACUCUGCUACACUUUGCGUGACUGGGUUGACUCUUCUAUACUUUUUGUUACGGGGUUGACUCUGCUACACUUCAUGUUAUACGGUUGACUCUCAAAGGUACUUAAGAGUUACCAGACACUGGGACACUUUUUCUUGCUUGCCCUGUAUAAGAGGACAUUUCAUUGCGUGUACGUUGUGUGUAUGUAAAUGUGUUCACGUCUACAAUACAAUUAUGUUGUACUUAUACUCUCACGAUAUGGUAGUACCUCAUUGGAAGGAGGUUUUCACAUGGAGGAUAUUUGCAUUACGUUGACAGAAUUUGUUGUACUUUGGAGUAAUAUCAUUGAAGUUGUAGUGCUGCUUAUUGGCUUCUCCAAAAACAAUAGGCUACACACACAUGAUCCAUUUGUUCUCUUUGCUGCCACCAUUGCACUAUACAGACUCCUAUGACACAGUUGAUUUAAAAAUAAGAAACAAUUCAGGAUAAUGUUGAUCUGAAUGAAAUGUUCUACAGUAUUUAGAAAAUUAGUACCCAGUGAUGAUGAAGUGCACAGUCAUGCACACAGGUCAAUAGGCUUUAGUCCAUAUGCCUUAAUCUACAUGUUGUAUACUGUAUGAAGUAAGUUACAGUUCCUCAGCGAAAUGGAGGGAAAAGUG